GUCAGACUAGAUUCCUCCUCCUUCUCGGAGGAAUUCUGCCCCUUCCAGCUGCCCUGUCCUCUCCCUUUAAAGGUUGAUUUGCCCUGCGGCGCUCUACUGCGCUCCAGCCCUCUUGCGCCUCUCGCUCACCCCCUUGCUACGCUGAUCCUCUCCUGUCCGUCUGCCCGCGCCAAGCAGUUCCCGCAGCAAAGCAGAAGGACGCGCCUGGAGAUGGAGAGCAAAGCCCUGCUCCUGGUGGCCCUGGGAGUGUGGCUACAGAGUCUGACCUCCUUCCCCGCAGGGGUGGCUGCAGCAGACGCCAGAGGAGACUUUAAAGACAUCGAAAGUAAAUUCGCCCUAAGGACCCCUGAAGACACAGCUGAGGACAAUUGUCACCUCAUUCCUGGAGUAGCAGAAUCUGUGUCCAACUGCCACUUCAACCACAGCAGCAAGACCUUCGUGGUGAUCCACGGCUGGACGGUGACAGGAAUGUAUGAGAGUUGGGUGCCCAAACUUGUGGCCGCCCUGUACAAGAGAGAACCUGACUCCAAUGUCAUUGUGGUGGACUGGCUGUAUCGGGCCCAGCAACAUUAUCCGGUGUCUGCUGGCUACACCAAGUUGGUGGGAAAUGAUGUGGCCAGGUUCAUCAACUGGAUGGAGGAAGAAUUUAACUACCCACUAGACAAUGUCCAUCUCUUGGGAUACAGUCUUGGAGCCCACGCUGCGGGGGUGGCAGGAAGUCUGACCAACAAGAAGGUUAACAGAAUCACUGGUUUGGAUCCGGCUGGGCCUAACUUUGAGUAUGCAGAGGCCCCCAGUCGCCUUUCUCCUGAUGAUGCAGAUUUCGUAGACGUCUUACAUACAUUCACCAGAGGGUCACCUGGCCGAAGUAUUGGGAUCCAGAAGCCAGUAGGCCAUGUUGACAUUUAUCCCAACGGAGGUACUUUCCAGCCAGGAUGCAACCUCGGGGAAGCCAUUCGUGUGAUUGCGGAGAGGGGCCUUGGGGACGUGGACCAGCUGGUGAAGUGCUCCCAUGAACGCUCCAUUCAUCUCUUUAUCGACUCCCUGCUGAAUGAAGAAAACCCAAGCAAGGCUUACAGGUGCAACUCCAAGGAAGCCUUUGAGAAAGGGCUCUGCCUGAGUUGCAGAAAGAAUCGCUGCAACAAUGUAGGCUAUGAGAUCAAUAAGGUCAGAGCCAAAAGGAGCAGCAAGAUGUACCUGAAGACUCGUUCUCAGAUGCCCUACAAAGUCUUCCAUUACCAAGUCAAGAUUCACUUCUCUGGGGCUGAGAGUGGCAAGCAGCACAACCAGGCCUUCGAGAUUUCUCUGUAUGGCACAGUGGCCGAGAGUGAGAACAUCCCCUUCACUCUGCCUGAGGUCGCCACCAAUAAAACCUACUCCUUCUUGAUUUAUACGGAGGUGGACAUUGGAGAACUGCUGAUGAUGAAGCUGAAGUGGAAGAGUGAUUCCUACUUCAGCUGGCAGGACUGGUGGAGCAGCCCCAGCUUUGUCGUCGAGCGGAUCCGAGUGAAAGCAGGGGAGACGCAGAAAAAGGUCAUCUUCUGUGCGAGGGAGAAGGUGUCGCAGCUGCAGAAGGGAAAGGACUCCGCGGUGUUUGUGAAAUGCCAUGACAAGUCUCUGAAGAAGUCUGGCUGAAACUGGACAGACCAACAAGAGAAGAAAGCACAUGAGUUCUUUGAAGACUGAAGUAAACAAAGUAAAUUUUAUAAAAAAGAAAAAGAUACCCUUGUUUGGGUGUUUGAACGUGGGUUUUCCUGAGUAUUAAUUCCAUCUCGAUCUUGUUAGUUAAAUUAGAAGACAGGCUCAAAUACUAAAAGGUAACUAAUACAGGGUGAGGAGUCUCGUGGCCGAUAGCAUGUCUUCCAGCAUCAGAGGACAGCAGAUAGGAGAAGCAUGGCGUCUUUUGUCCCUUAGGAAGGAAUCAUUUGUUCCCAAUAAAUAAGACUCCUUUGUAUGACGUUUGGUCAUGGUCAAAAAUUAGUGAGGGCUUCUUAUUUUGAUAGAAUUCUGGGGCUUUAUACUGAGACCCUUUCCAGAGUUUUCUCCAAGUCUAAUAUAGAUAAUAUUUUUGUGUCAUGAGUCAAAUCUAUUUCUUUAGCCGCUGAAACACCUGUCCUUUGUAACUAGUUCUUUUGGAAGCACACCAGCUUCCUCCCAAAAAAUAAUGAACAAUGUGUGGCUUAGCAAAAACAGUGGAGGCCAGAGCUCACAAAGUCCUGAGCCUUGGUCUCACCAUGACAAAGUACAAGUCAACAGAAACACAGAAUUAGAUUGAGUAAUUCUUGAUAGACUUGAAUUUUUAUGGCUUAACCCCUCCAUUUUUCAAAAGUUUGUCUUAUAUUUUAACAAUGUUCUCAGGGUAGAUGUUGAAAAUGAGUUUAUAAUCCAAGUGACACAUAAAUUGAACAGAAAGAAAACUAAUUUUACUCUGAUUUUACUUUUAUUUUUUGAUUUUUUGAGGAAAAGUCUCAUUUGUCCCACGCUGUAGCUAUGUUGUUCAGGCUUGCCUUGAACUCGCAAUGAUCCUCCUAACUUAGCUUCCUGAGGGCUGCGAUUGUUAGCAUGAGCCACACCUGGCUUGAUACCAUACUUUUAUUAUCAGAAUUCUUCCUAUUUGUCUUUGUCAACUUGAACACAUUCAAUAGCCAAUAGUUAGCAUUUAGUUUGGGACUCUCCUCAGCCAUGCCUCUGCCACAUCUCGAACACAUCACAUUCAUUUCUAGUUUAGAUGGGAUUAAGUUCAAAUUCUGCAUCAUGAAAAGUACAGACUUUAGAUCAGGACCAUUUUACUACAUAAAAGGUGAAAUGACUAGGAAGUAUGCUUAUCAAUGCUUGUAAAUUGUUGUGUACAAAGAAGGGAGUUGUUACCUGCAGUAGCCACAGAAAGUGCCAGGCUAAUCAAGAGUGAGUAAACACUUAUUUAUGAACUAGAUCUCUUAUUUUCAGAAGGUUUUUACUGUAUAUUAGUAUAAGUGAUAAAGGAGUCCCAUGCCAGAGGCUGUUUCUGGGAACACAACUGUGAACCUGUGGGUGUCUGAACACCUAACCACAUGCAAAGCCCCACAAAUAUAGUGGUCAUUCAGUGUAAUUUGCAAAGGAGAGAGUCAUGGGAUGUACUGGAAAACGUCAGAGAAGUAGUUCCAGAUAAGUUGGCAUAUCAGUGCUUGCUAGGGGACGGAUGGUUGUACCUAUGUAAUACAGGACAAAAGUGACUGAUUUCAUCAGGCUUGGAGGCAUUGUAACAAUAAAAUUAUGUACAAGUUGUCACUGGCAUCCCCUUUAUUACUAACUCAUUGACUCUGUACAUUUGGGUUUGGAUCAAGGGCUCACAAGUUUAAAAGAUCCAGCCAACCUGUACAUAGCACUGAACAUCUGGCUUCUAAAGACAGUAUGUGCGUACGUGUGUAUAUACACAUACAUAUGUAUCUCGAUGAUGCUUUGGCUUUAAAUUUUAUUUAUUAGCUGUAAAUAUAUGUGUAGGUGUGUAAGAGAGCUUGUAAACACUGGAAAGCUUGUGGGUACCUGCACUGUAGAGUUGUGGUGCUAGCUGUGUGUCCGUCUCCAUCAGUGAUGGGCUGUCUCACUGAGCUAACUUACUCUGCUGCAAUAGUACAAUGAAUCAGGCUUUUAAAUGAGGAAAAGAAACUCGGCUCUGUGAAGAAAUGGAAUCUGCUUUUAAUAAACUUGACAACAUUGUAUCUUGA